GGUGCCAAACCGAACUAUUACCAUACAAAGCAGCUGUAGCGGCGCCGUUUUGACAAGUCAACCUCUCGUCAACGGCGUGUUGGCUGCGAAGGUUCCCUUUUGAACCUCUUUAAACUUGUUCCUCUCUGCUGCUCUGUAACCAGACGCUAUAUUUGUCUCAGUCCCUUGAAAGUCAAGAAUCCCGCUUUCCCUUUUGCUUUGCCUCUUCAUCUAACAUGGCUAAUAAGCACACUAUUAUUCUGAUGCAGACUUCUCAGAACAGGGCUACAAGGACAUUUAUGGAUUAUGGUUCCAUAAAUCAAGCUAUGGAAGGUAUAUGCGCACUGUAUGAAAGGAAGCUUAGGGAGUUAAAUCCAGCCAUAAGAGACAUCACUUAUGAUGUUGCAGAUCUCUACAAUUUCAUUGAUGGCCUUACAGACAUGAGUGCAUUAGUUUUUGAUCACUCAAUCCAGGCUUUUUUACCAUAUGACAGACAGUGGAUCAAACAGCGAACCUUUCAACACCUUAAGAAAAUGGCGCAUUAAAUGACUCGUAUUUGGCAACUUAUUCUGUAACUGUUUCCGAAAUUUUCUGUCUGACAGUGGGCAUAUGAUCGAAGUAUAGAAACAGGUUAUUAUUUGGACUGUCGUGCUCUUGAACUAAAGGUUGUAUAAUAUUGACUGUUGUAGUAUCUCUCUUAAAGAGUAAAUGUGGCAUUCUGCAGAAGUUUCUGGUAUUGUUUGAUCAGUGUGUUUUGUAGAAAGAUAAGCCAGCAUCUACCAAGCUUGGCCUUUCAUAUUCAGCUAUAAUAUGCUUGCUUGUUGCA